CUCGGGAGAUUUGGGCGGGGAGCGCUGAGCUAGGCGUCAGGUCGUCGUAUGGGCAGCUGUCAUUUCGGCGAGCUGUGUAGCGCAUCUGCUCGGCGUGUGUGAACCGAGUGUCCCAUAUACACGAUGGAGGAUGAGAGGCAAGCCGGUGACGGGGAAGAAAACCCCACGUCGCCCAAGCCGACGAAAUGGACCCCCAACCAGCAUCAUUUGAAAGUCCUCCUCGGGAUGGGAAUCAACCGCAACGCUGCCAUAAAGGCCCUCUACUAUACCGGAAACCAAGGACCAGACUUUGCUGCUGCAUGGCUCUUCGAAAACAAUGAUGAGGACAUUGACGCUCCCCUGGACCUGGAUCCCUUAGACGAAAGUGACACAGAAGACGACGAUGCUCCCGAAACGUACAAAAUGGUCUUUGCGGUCAACUGUGAGCUCGACAUGGGCACCGGAAAAAUCGCGGCUCAGGUUGCACAUGCGGUCCUGGGCCUGUACAGGCUGCUUCUGCAAGAUGAGAGGAAGUAUGGCAACAUGCUCCUGCUGUGGGAGGAAUACGGGGAGACCAAGAUAGCCCUGCGGGCACUUUCAACCCAGCAUUUGUUGUCAUUGGAGAAAAAGGCGUCAGAGCUUGGCCUGCCCACGUACCUUGUUCAGGAUGCUGGAAGGACACAGGUUCCCGAGGGAUCGACAACGGUUCUAGGAAUAAUGGGGCGGAUGGACCUGGUCGAUCAGGUCACCGGAGGCCUGCGGUUAUUGUGAAAGGCACUGCCAUUGCAACUCCGAAGGCAUUCACGAAGCACGAAUUCAGCAGUGGCUGCCUUGUGAUAGGCGAGUGUUCCUAUUCCAGCCUGCCACUCCCUGCCACUGAAGCCAAAGAAGCUACUGCUCCUUGUCCUCUCUAUUUAUAUGCAAGUUUCCUAAGGACCCUCCACGGCUGGCAGGAGCAGUCCUUUGAUAUGCUUCAAACUUGGCAGCAAUCUGUAUUUGUGCAUUGGGCCUUGAAGUAGAAAUCGAGCAACUUGGUGUGGCACCUACCAAAAAUUUAUUUUAAAUACCAGAGCCAGGCUUCACCAUUCGAAGUCAGUCAUGCCGACAGUGUCACUUUUAUAACCUUAUAACCGUCUAGAGGGGUUAUUUAUAACCCCUCUAGACGGUCAGUCUCCUCUAGUUGGUUGCGGAGGUGUACAAAUUUGAAACAUUUGUCGUCUCAAAUUUAAUUUUUGUUGUCUGCAUAUGCCAGGACUCCAAAAUGAAACCUGGCAGUCAACUUUCACAUCAUUUCAACCAGCCAAGCAUUUGCUGAAUGUUCACCGUUGAGCACUGAAAUGGUACUCUAGAGUGAUCACUUACGAAGUUCCCCUUUUAAAGAUCCUGCGUAACGCAGCAACUCCACAACGGAUGCAUCUCGCAUUCUCAAAAUUGUUGCACAUCUAAGGGCAAGUUCCUUCCGCACGACAUCAACUGUAAUUUAACUUGCCAGAAAUGCCGAUGGCCAUGUAGUGACGAUUCUGGUGCCAAGUAUUGAGAUAGUAUCUAAUAAAAGUAAUCGAAUUCUUAGAAGCAAUCAGUCGAUUAUGCUGCUCUGGCUUCUCACCAAGUUGGUAAAUACAGAAAAUAUUGCGUCACGUGGCUCAUUAUGGGGCCUAUGUUACUGAAGACGUUAGAUCUGGAAAAGCUCACACUUGGUGGUGCAGCAACAGAAUGGUGCCCCGCUUUUUGCUCUUAUUUCAGGCAUUUUUACUUUUUAUUGUGAUGCGAGUUGACAGGAAGUUGUAUUACGAACUGUUUCUAGCAUUGUUGCGUGCCAUGCACUGCAUGGAAGCCUCGUGCCGAGAAGUAACAAUAUCGAGAGUAGUAUAUUGUUUCAGAAAUAAUGUUGAACUUUCUCUAAGAUAUGCACUAUAGCUUUGCGAUAAAUUGUUCUGCGUAGCGUUCAAAAGUGAACGGCAAAGUUAAAGAGAAUUUCGUUUGCAUAGUGUGAAAGUACACACACCACGACAUCUUCAUUGACUGUCACUUGUUGUUUGACGCAUGCAGAUGCUCCUGUCAUUCAUAUUAUUAUUAGAAGUUGGGUGCUAUUUAAAGAUUCAUCAUUUAAUAAAGAAAUUGUUCCUUCUUGACAUCUGUAUUUCACAAGUGCAUUUUUACGCUUGUCAGUGGAGAAAAACAAUUGCUCAUGCUCUUUAUUGUCAAAGCAGUCGUCUUAGUUUGUAUCAAUGGAAUAUAGCUGUGCAACCUUGUAAUGCGCAGCUGCCACUUCUCCUGAAUUUUUCAUGAAAUUUAACAAAUUUGGGCACGUAUGAGGUCUUCGAGCUAUUCCCCAUGUUUUAUGAAACAUUGUGUUUUGAAAACGUUUCUUAUUGGCCUCCAAUUAUGUACCCUUUAAUGGUUUUUUUGGGUGAAAGAACAUUGGAGGGCUAUAUACUGUAAGCUAGCUUCUUCAGGCAGGCUUCUGUAGUGAGCAGAAUUAUCAGCACUCAAGUUGCUAAUAAAUUGCUGUAGUUUAAAAGCAAUGAGUUGGUUCUCAGUCUUAGGUGUUCCAUGUUUACUGCUGAGUAGAUACCACCAUCUAAGUUUAAAUUGUUAAUAAAGCACAUGUUUCAGAAGUGAUGUGUGGCUCAGGGCAAAUUUAAAAAAAGUGCUCUAUACUCUCUUUGUCCCCCCCUCUCCCACAAUAGUGUUAUCGCAAAGUUUUUAAUUAAACGUUUACAGUUUAGCACUUGAGCUAGUGCUACGGUGUUUCUACCACAGUGUUAAUGCAACCUCGGUUCUAAGCUCCUUUUGGGUGUCAAAUGAUGUCAGAUGUCAAAACUUUACCCCAUGUUUCUGUAAUUAGCAUCUGAGAUCUAUAAUGAUAGGAGAUCUAUAAUAAAAUAGUUUCAUAGCUGAGGUCGACUUUAUUUUUCGCAAGUGAGAACUGCCCAACCAGUUAUUAAAAUAUUGCAUUUUGUUCUUACCUUUUUUUUUUAUAGUUCGGGGAAUGAAUAUGUCAGUAUUGCAGAAUAGUUGGUCAGUGCUUCAUAAACACUUUCAAUGCAGCUCCAAUUUGCAGAAUCGGCCAGCAAAUGCAUCAGUGGAACAGUAGUAUAUCUUGGGACAGAUUUUGAGCACUUGUGUCUUGAAACCAUUGUAGGCAGCAGUUUCCAAUUAUGCUCUGAGUGCUGGCUAACAAUCUUUUUGGCUACUGCAUGCUAAAAAAUAUGUUCCUGUUGUCACUAACUUAUCAAAUUUAUUAGUGAAAGUUAGGUCAGUGAUAAUACCAGCAUGAAAAAUUCUCAUCUGCCUUCGCUACAGAUUUUUUUUCAGCAAUAAUGUGUGAUGUACCUUACUUUUAAUAAUCAUAGGUGACAACUGCCUGAAUAUUCUUUGAAAAAUUUGUGUGUGCUGCGCGAUAGAGUUCAUAUCUGACACAAUCAAUUUGCAGAAAAACGUUGGUCACUGUAGUUUAUUUGCAUGGUAUUAUCUAGUCUGUCCCGAGAUACGUGAUUCGGUGAGACUGAAGAAGACUCCGGCAAAAGUUUUACAUCAGCGACGCACGUGACAUGUUGUGUUACAAAGGUGUGGCUGCUUUACAGCAGAGGUUGAUGCAGUGUUAUGGUCAAUUACCUCAGGAGUGGUCCCUCGGGGCUCCCUUUUGUGCUGUUUCUAAAUAUUGUGCUGUCAACAUCAUCCUGCCGCAUUCUCGCACCCCACGUAACUUAUGAAUACACCUCUUUUUCAUCAUGCCGGCAACUGUGGAAUCCCUUCCACUUAGUGCUAAAAUAACAUGUAACACUGCUUACACCCUGUGUAAUUGUAGAUGUAGUGCUGAAAGACGGUAGUAGCAUUCAGGUCAUUACCUUAACACGAUUGACCGUCGGGAAGCACUGCGAUCUUCUUUUAAAGAUUUAAAUUUCUCCCAGAAUUGCAGUUCUCACAGUCUGCCAUUAUGGUGACACCAAGCAAAUUUGCUGGUGCUGUGUAGUAAUAAUUGGUCUGAUGAAGUCUGCCUAUGAAAAAAUUUUGUGCGCAUAUUGCUCCUGGCUGAACGCAAGUGUGAUUGGUAUAGAAGUUGGUCGAAAGGCGCACGGUGGUCUAUCUUGACUUCUUGAUGCACCUCGCAGUUCUUUGAGCCUUGUGCGUCGAAGCAAGUAAAAGUAUGCUAAUUUAAUCUUUGGGCCUUCAAAAACUUGUCACAUCGAAUAUAUAUAUGGGAUUUAGACAGUUCAUACCUUCAGUUAUAUAAAAAAAAAAGAGUGGAGUGCACUGCCAGUAGUCGUUCGAACACAUGCAACAUAUUAUCCAUGUAGUAGUUUUCGACGAGUGUACAAGCAGGAAACGCCACAUUGUGAUCUACAUUUUAAUAUCAACUUCCUCCUGCUAGGUAGCUUCAGCUAACAGCUCUAUUUAAAAAACAAAAUCAAGAAAAAAAUACACCACCUACAAAUUCGUAUAUACUUUUCUUUCUUUCGUUGGGUCUACUGUUGUAAAUCUGCGAGCUAUGAACCGUUGCAAAGGGUCUUACCUGAACUACCUAUGAUGGGUGCUUCCUGGGAAAAACCACGGCGAACAAAACGGAUAUUUAAAGGUACUUAGGUAUGUAUGUGAACCUGUAGAGCUUUGCCAAGCCAGGCGCACGUGUGAUACGUACUUGAGAAAAGAUUUAUUCUUGAGGUGUGUUUAUAGGAACUCUAUUUUAGAGCAGUGAGAAAAAUAUUAUAGGUCUCUUGAAGAUUGAAUAUUCUAAUAAAUUUGUUUCUGUGGGGUAGUUGUAGAGAAGCAGUAUGUACCCGGGGUCGCUGAUUGCUCGUAGUGUACUUACUGUUGCCGCUAUUGGCUGAAGUUAAUGAAAAGGUGACAUUUUGGAGAAGGUCGGAGGACGCAGUGUUUGUGGCUACCUAGCAAUUCUUUUAGAGAGAACAAUAGCACAGAUAAGCUUCUGUGUACAUUGUCCUGUUAGCAACAGUGUUCAAAGAGUAUUUUGUUGUUUCAUCAUAUAUUUGUAGUGGUUCACUGGAAGUUUGCAGGGGCUAUGCAGUCAGCACCACAAGGAGAGAAUUUUUUUUUUUUUUUCACUAUAUACAAUCUACUGAUGUGUAUAUCUAAAUGUCAAUCUUUGGAAAUGAUGACUGUGUGGCGUUUUUAUUUUACUGCUUUAUUUUUUUCGUACUUUAUUUUGCCAGCGUAUUGAGGAUAUCUGAGCUAGCUGAAUCUUGUCACCAUGUUCAGGGCGUCAAGAGUUCCUUGUCAAAGCGCAGUUGGAAUGUAUCGGCCAACCACUGUAGCCCAACCAGGUUUUGAAGCAUUGCGCAUUGAAAAUAAAUCAUGCGCUGUGAGCAACAUAUUCUUGUUCUAGUUUCAUGUAGUGAAUUUGUCUCUCAGGUAAUGCCCAUCGCACCAUGUUUCAUGUUUAAAAAGUUAAUCUAGUUUGCAUAAAUAGCAAGAGCAUUGUAUAAUCAUUGACGCAUAUGUCACCUUGUAUUUCUAGAAAACAGGAACACGAGGCUGUAUUCUUGUCGACUUGUGUCGCUGUUUGGCCUUUUAUAUCAAGAAAGGGCUUCUGCUGCUUGUAACAGUGUUUCUAUAACUGUUAAAUAUUUUUGUGAUGUCAGAAGCUCUUUUAUAGCUCUCCACUGAAAGUUGUAGCACAUAUAGCGCUAGCUGUGCACAAUCAAAUGCAUUCUAUUUCUGUAUGUGUAUUUAAUAGUCUUUGCACUGCAAUCAACAGCAAAAUCAUUCUCAUAAAUAAUGCAAAUAAUUGCUCUGUCUAUGUACUUGCAGAUUCAGUAGUUGUGUCCCACUACAUUUUUCUGCAUUUUGACUAUUGAAAGCAGUGACGAUGGUCUGGCACCAUUUUAUUUUUUCAUGUAUGUAUUUAUUUUAUCACUUGACUCAUUUGUGGGACUGUUUGUUUGUCAGGUCUGUGACUGUGUUUUCCUCACUCUGUGAGAAAUAAGUUGGUGCGUGUUGUCUCGGUUUUCUGAGAAAUAGCUUGGGAAUUUUCAGGUUUCUUAAACAUAAGGUAUUAUACUUACCCUGGAGAUGCAGCUGAUCAUGGGGACCCUUCGAAGUGCAGAAGUAAUGGGAAAAGCUGGACCAUUCUAUGUUUGCUGACUGAGCUCGCAUCGGUAAAUUCAAGAAUAAUCAUGGAUUAAUGGCUGUAUGGUUCAUGUGGCCCUAGGUGUAUGCAUAUCGCGGUUGUAGUGUUCUGGUUUUAUCCAGCAAGGGGUUUCACCUUUGUUUUAAAGGAUUUUGCGUCCCGCGAACUUUAACACACUUGCAAGCCCACUAUUACAGGACAGCUUGCCUGCUGCACAAAACUGCUUGAAAUUUUGCUUUAUUUAUUUUUCCUUUGAAAGAUCAAUAUGAAUUUCUCUCUGCUUAGCUCAGGUAAUUCAUGUUUGUGUGUCAUCACUUAUUCAUUAGACAGCAAAGAGAUUAAUACCUCUGUCACACGAGAAAGUUUAAUGUAAUUUGCACCCAAUGACAUUUACAUUUAAUGACAUUAGUUGGCUGUCACACGGGGACAUCUAAUGUCAUUGAAAGAAAAUGACUUCAGAAAACGAAUGAGCUAGUCGAACUCAUUUGAAUGAGUUUUCGUCGCAAAGAUGUACUCUCGCCGGAAGAGGGUCGUGAACAGAUUAUAUAUGAUAGGGUUAAUAAAUCAUAACAAGUAUUAAUAUGGUUUUAUUUUUAAGUAUUAUUCAGUUUAUUUGCAUGCAAUUCAACUGAGCCGUUAGAAAAAAAUUUGAAUAUUCCCGGUCACAGCGACAGUCUCAUAAGUGUUGCCGGCCAUGUUGGUCAUGUCAGCCAUGUGCUCAGUGUUUACACUAGCCUCAGAGCUGUAGGGUAGCUCACAGCUGACUUGCGGAACCCAUGUCUCCCAUGUCGUCAACGUAGAUGGAUAGUGGCACGCAGCCUGCGUUGAAAAAAAAGGUCCCUUAGACAGAAGCUGAAACGUUCACUCUGAUAAGAUUAUGGGAGUAUCACUUAGAAGAGCUGAGACGCACCAAACAAAAUGCGAAAGUUUACGCUUCUUAUCCGAUCGGCGCGAGAAGUUGCAGCGGCUUCCUCACACUCCGGCUUGUCAGCCAUAUUGAACGUUUACCACGUGACCCCAAGAGCGAUAAUGGCUCCAGUCUCACCUCGACUUCAUAUGAGCUACGAGCUUUUCUUUGGAUAUUUAAAAAACUGCAUAUUAACCUUUCAUCCUCAAUUUCAUCCAUCUGUAAACAUUCUUUAUAACCUUUAGUAUACGUAAUAAAUUUCUUACGCUGCGACUGUUUUUUGUUCAGUCCCCUCUUAGCGACAUCGCGAUUGCCAUCAUUUACAAAUGACAUUAUAUCUUCCUGUGUAGCAGCACACGUCUCGUAAUGUCAUUGGAUGUGUCGAAUGCCAUUAGACUAAAAUGAUAUUAUACUUUCUCGUGUGACAAGGGUAUAAGUUUUAUUUUCUGGGAUUUUCUGUUGUAAAAGCUUUAGUAGUGCAUAUCCUUUACAUGCACAAUCUCACGGUACAGCUUGUCACUUUAGUCUACAAAAAGCCACACUCAGUUUUAAACAUCAUAUAUUUACCCUAAACUUUACUACUAAUCACAAUAUUCUUUGACACUGCCACCUAUGAGGGCAAAUGGAAAAUCAAAAUGCCAUUGACAGCCUUAUUUCCGCACAGGAAGAGGAACUAUUCAUAUCACUUUUCUGUCCAUGCUCCCUGCACAGUUAUACACUAUUGGUACCGCGCAGUCGGCUUAUGUAUCUCAUCCACGGAAGAUGCGUCGGUUGAUUGUUCAUUAGAAAAUUUUCUUCUCAUCGAAGCAUGCACUGCAGCUCGCACAUAUUGUGCUCGUGCGCCCCUCUCUUAAGCAGUUCAUCCACUCUUACUCCUUUCAGAAUUGUGGUGCUUGCUUCAUACAAUUGUAAUAAAACGUUGGUGAAUGACCAUCA